AUGGCUGUCAUUGAGAGAUGGGUCUUCGAUGUCGCCAGCUUUCCUGUCUGGGUUACGGGUAAGGGCAAGGACAAGAUGGGUGUGGGGCAGAGGUUCCAGCGAAGAGAAGAAGAUGACGAUGACGGAUCUGUCAAUUGGGUCGACGUGAGCGAAGCGUAUCGUGGUGCUCUCCGACGUCUUGCGUACGCUGCGGAGAUGAAGGGACCUCUUCCGGAGGGAUGCACCUUCACGAUGGCCGUUGAGCUUAGAGACGAGGCACCAGCACCAAUAGGGCACCCGCAACCCUGGAUUCCUUCCGAGCCAUCGCUCCAACCCUCUUCGAGGACGAACCCAGUGCCAGGCUUGAGCAUAGGUGGCGCCUCUACCACGCCGCUGCGCUCCGUCGAAGCGGGCCCUCUCUUCUUUGAAUGCUGGAUUGAGGAAGGGAAACCGCAGUCCACUCCUCCUUCUACGCAAGACUCCUACUUCUCAUGA